GAGAAGAAGAAACGCAUUAAAGCAGCCAAACUGGAGGAACUGAAGGCCAAGGGCGUCGACUUGAACGAGGACAUUCAACCGGAUAACAUCCUCAUGGACAAGGAUCAGGACCAAAUCCUCUUCUAG